GCUAUGUUAAUAAUUCCAAAAAUUGAGGACGAAAUUCACUCAUCAACUCAAAAUCCUACUGAGACACAAAUUGUAAUUACCUCAGUACUUGAUAUUGAUGCCAAUAAAAUUAUAUGUCAAAUGUAUGCUAGAUCAGUAGAUCGUGAUGAAGAUAUAAUUAUAUCAGGACAAAGACAUCCUUUCUUAGGGUAG